GCGAGCGAUCGAGGCAGGCGGAGCGUUGCGUUGCGUUGCUCCCCGAGUCCGGCUUCCCCGAGAGCAGAGACUCCCCUUCACACCCCCGCCAUGGCCGAGAGCGACUGGGAUACGGUGACGGUUCUGCGCAAGAAGGGUCCCACGGCGGCCCAGGCCAAGUCCAAGCAGGCCAUCUUAGCAGCUCAGAGAAGAGGAGAUGAUGUGGAGACUUCCAAGAAAUGGGCUGCUGGCCAAAACAAACAGCACUCCAUCACAAAGAAUACAGCCAAGCUGGACCGAGAGACUGAGGAACUUCACCAUGACAGGGUCACUCUGGAAGUGGGCAAAGUGAUCCAACAGGGCCGACAGAGCAAGGGAUUGACACAGAAGGAUCUGGCCACAAAAAUCAAUGAAAAGCCCCAAGUUAUCGCUGACUAUGAGUGUGGACGGGCCAUUCCUAAUAACCAGGUCUUGGGCAAGAUCGAAAGAGCCAUUGGCCUCAAGCUUCGUGGGAAGGACAUUGGAAAGCCGCUUGAGACAGGACCAAAGGGGAAAUGAACACAAAGCCUCGAAAUCAGUUCGUUCAGACUGAUCUCGUCUGGCGGGUUCUCCUUCACCACCAGAACCAAUGUGUCUCUGCACAUUGCCAAGCUGAACACAGGGGUAUCAGACUUGUUUGGGGGAAGAACCUUCCAAAUCUAUACCUGCUGUAACAAAAACAAAAAAACAAACCUUGCAAAUUAAA